AUGUUGAAUGAUGGCAUUGGACAAUCAGAACAUGGGCAAUCGGGUUUUUCUCCUAUAGAUAUAACACCUCCAUGGAAGCCAGACGUUGACGGUGACAUGGAUACCAAGUAUAUUCCGGAGGAAUUCCAGCGAGAAAAAGUGGCAGUGACACCACCGGAGAAAAAUGUUUACUCCGAUUACCUUGAUCAGCCUUACUUCCAACGCUUUAGUUACCAUGGCAGUCGACAGAGUCUUAGUCGACAAAGUGUUCUAAGUUUUGGCGACAAUGGCUCCAUCACUGAGAAUUCUAUGACAACAAAUUGA